CUCCAGCUCAAUCUCGUCCUCUCACUCUCUCUCUCUCUCUCUCUUUUGUGAUUCGCCAUGGCAUACCUUCAGUUACAAAAAAUAGCGAUAUCAGGUCCGACACUAGCUUCCAUGAUCCAACGGUUGUCCUCUUCCCCUGGCGACGUGGACGGCUUCAUCUUCGGCCAUGUCACUCAAAUCACCACUCUAUCCGACGACACCUCCUCCUCCGAUAACUCCGCCUCCCAACUCACUGCCACUAUCACCAGCUUUCUCUGCUCCGGCUCACCUCUCUCCUUCUACGACGCACUCGGGCGGGUCAACUCACCCAAAGUUCCCUCUUUUAACCAACAGAACCACCUCCUCGGCUGGUUCUCCGGCCGCCGCCAAUCCGCUAUCCGUCCAUCCAUGCGUGAAUUCGCUGUCACAAAUUCUCUCUCGAAAAUCCCCCAAUUUAAGUUUUCAAUUAAAAACUCUUCAGAAACCCUAAGUCCGUGCGUUUUCAUUCUGUUCACGACUCCCUUAACAGACCAACUGAUCCACACGCACCAGUACCGCGCGUACCAAUUCAACACUUCAAACAAAUCUUUUCACGCGAAGUCACUCGACGUGGUUAACAUCGGUCCCGCAUUUCGAGGACAUUACGAUAAUUUCGCCCCGAACUGCGCAUUGCCGUUGAUGAAUUGCUCGGCGAUGGAUGAGGAAAGCAUGUAUGCGAAUAAGGAAAAGGUGAGUGAUCAAAAACAAUUGGAUUUGUGUGCGGAAGGGUUUCAAAUUGAGAGGUUGAGGCGGCUGAUGGGACCCGAGGCGACGAAUUAUACAGAAGCUUUGGAGGAUUUGUAUGAGAAAAUGUUGGCUAAAGCUGAGAGUUUGACUCGGCUCGUGGAGUCCAGCUCGGCUAAGGUUUUCGAGUUGGAAAAUAACAAUAGAAAGUUGAGGUACAAGGUUUCUAGGUCUGCUGGAUCGGAAUAAUCGCUUGUUUGGUACCGUCUUAUUGCUGGUUCAUUAUCAGAGAAGUGCCCAUUCUUUAGCUGACUGUUAGGCUGUGGGAAUUUUUCGGGUGGUUCUGUAAAGAUGCUACUUGUAGUUGGGAUCUUUUUGGUUGACUUUUGAGCUGAAGUUGGCAUAUACUCUGGAGCUGCUGAUGAUAAUAGAAGUGACAACUGUGAAUAUUUGGUGGUUCUGGAAAGAUGAGGAUGGCUUGACAUUGCUCCUAUUUGGGUACUUAUACACCUCCUACAUUGAUCAUAUCUUUUGUACUUUUUAUAUCUCUAUUGUUCUGCAUUUGCUCUUCUGAAUUCUUGUAAUUUAGGAACCCAAUGUGGUUUGUGUUUAAAGAAUGAAAUUGGAUUUGAAUCAGAUGAUGUUUGGAUUACUUUAUUUUCUAUUUCUGAUUCAGUAUCUUGACAAUAUUUCUGGCUACUAGAAUUGAGAAAUGUUACUAAAUUUGGUUAUUAUCCAAAUUAGGAAUGGCAAGGAAUGACCAAAUUGCAUUUGAUAGAAUCAUAAAAGUACAGACGAUAGAUAGAAAAGAACAUCAAGCAACAAUGACGGCUGUGUAAAAUAAACUUCUUAGAUGUUUGAGAUACAAUUAGGGAAAAAAAACCUAUCAAUAACAUACACCUGAUUCAUGUUGGCAGAGCCGGGAAGGGAAACUAUUUUGCUUCUAAAUUCCUUGCCUUACCACCAAAUACUAUAUCCAACAGUCGUACUAGCAUUCUAUUUAGGAAGAUUGGUGGUAUGUUAUAUAAGAUGUUGUAGCUUUUAGAAAUUUACUCACCUCAAUGAAUCAGUUUGGCAGCAAUAGUGUAGAUUUUCAGAUACAGUGAUUUGAUUCUGAUAU